AAAAAACCUAAUCAGUUUAUUACUUCAGGCACGACUCGCGCUGCCAGAGCUCCGGCCGCAAGUACCGCCACGCGGCGGCAUCGCAGCGCUGUGACGGACCGCCACACAAUGGCCGCCGGCUGGGACUCCGCGCCCCGCCCCGCCUCUCCGCUGCGGCCCCUGGGAGACUACAGCUCCCGGCGUGCCCUGCGCCGCGCCGGAGGGACGGUCCAACAUGGCGGCGGGAGGGGAGCCGGGGAAGGCGGCCGGGCUGGAAGCUGAGGAGGUGCCGGUGGUGGAAGAGGCGCGGAGCUUCAAGGACCUGGGAGUGACGGAUGUCCUGUGUGAAGCUUGUGACCAGCUGGGAUGGAAGGUACCUACGAAGAUUCAAGUGGAAGCUAUUCCUGUGGCUCUGCAGGGCAGAGAUAUUAUUGGACUGGCAGAAACCGGCUCUGGGAAAACAGGAGCAUUUGCUUUGCCAAUUCUUCAAGCACUGCUGGAUGCACCUCAGCGUUUAUUUGCUCUUGUCCUUACACCAACAAGAGAGCUGGCCUUCCAAAUCUCAGAGCAGUUUGAAGCUCUUGGGUCCUCAAUUGGUGUCCAUAGUGCGGUUAUUGUCGGUGGAAUUGACUCAAUGUCUCAGUCUCUGGCCUUAGCCAAGAAACCACAUAUUAUAAUUGCAACUCCUGGCCGUCUAGUGGAUCACCUCGAGAACACCAAGGGCUUCAAUUUACGAGCUCUGAAGUUCCUAGUGAUGGAUGAAGCUGACCGGAUCCUCAACAUGGAUUUUGAGACAGAGGUGGAUAAGAUACUGAAAGUGAUUCCUCGAGACAGAAAGACGUUCCUGUUUUCUGCCACCAUGACCAAGCAGGUUCAAAAACUGCAGCGUGCUGCUCUGAAGAAUCCUGUUAAAUGUGCUGUUUCUUCCAAAUAUCAGACAGUUGAAAAGCUACAGCAGUACUACAUUUUCAUCCCAUCCAAAUUCAAGGACAGCUACCUGGUUUAUAUUUUGAAUGAACUAGCUGGAAAUUCUUUCAUGGUAUUCUGUAGUACAUGUAACAAUACUCAGAGGACUGCUCUACUGCUCUGUAAUCUUGGGUUCACUGCUAUUCCUCUCCAUGGGCAGAUGAGUCAGAACAAACGCUUGGGCUCUUUAAACAAGUUCAAGGCAAAGGCACGGUCUAUUCUGCUGGCUACUGAUGUUGCAAGCAGAGGUCUGGAUAUCCCACAUGUGGAUGUGGUGAUAAACUUUGAUAUUCCUACACACUCUAAGGAUUACAUUCAUCGUGUUGGAAGAACAGCUCGAGCCGGAAGAUCUGGCAAAUCAAUCACAUUUGUCACACAAUAUGACGUAGAGCUGUUUCAGCGCAUUGAACAUCUGAUUGGCAAGAAGCUGCCAGCGUUCCCCAUGCAAGAGGAGGAAGUUAUGAUGCUAACAGAGCGUGUGGCUGAGGCCCAGAGGUUUGCUCGAAUGGAGCUGAGGGAACAGGGAGAGAAGAAGCGAUCUCGGAAUGGUGAUGAUGAUGAUACAGAAGAAGCUCUUGGUGUCAGGAAGAAGGUGGCAGGUGGGAAAAAGAAGAAACGAAAAGCCUUCUAGCUCAGUGUUUGGACGAACUUUUACUUUCCUGUUUAUGGCUACAUGAGCUUGGCAAAAAUAGUCUUCACAACCAUCUCCAGUGGAUUUUUUUUUCAGAACUGCUUAAUGUUGCAUUGGGCAGUCUGUCUGGAAAAGGCCUGAAAGGUCUUCCUCUCUUCUGCUUCACCAUUUACAGACUGAGCUUGGUCAUUGUGGUAUAAUGGUGUCAGUCUUUCAGUGAAGCCAAGUUGUCCCCUUAGGAAAUGGAAGUUUGUGUGGUCUGGCCCAACUCAUCCCCAAAGAAAUGGGCACAGCUUUCCCACUGCUGCAGCCUCUGUCUCAGUAUCCAAACUCAUUGAAUACUUCUGGGGUCAAAUUGGACUGCCAGAAGGAAAAGAUGAAAAAGUUUAAAGAAGUAACCAAGUUUCCACUUCACAUCCAUGAUGAUUUUGCCUUACUGAAAGGACAUGUGACUCAGAGAACUCCAAAUAUAGCUUAAUUUUAAAGCAGACUGGUUUUAUUUGUAUUGUCACUGACCUGUUUUGCUUAUUUGGAAUAUCAGCUCUACCAGAAGGUUUUCUCCUUACAUCAUUCUUACUAGUGAUUCAGAUGUGACAUAAAUACCUUAAGUGGGUCAGGUAAAGAGUGGUCCAACAGAGAGAGCCUGUUCCGGCUGGUUGGACUGUUCACUGCCUGGAAUUCAGUUGAGAGUAUGUAACGAUUGGUAAGAUCAAGGGAA